AUGGAAUCUGAGAACGUGACCAGAAAUAAAGAAUUUCUUCUUCUAGGAUUUUCUGAGGAACCGGAAGUUCAGUCCCUCAUCUUUGUGCUUUUCCUGUCCAUGUACCUGAUCACCGUGCUGGGGAACCUGCUCAUCAUCCUGGCCGUCAGCUCAGACACCCACCUCCACACGCCUAUGUACUUCUUCCUGUCCAACCUGUCCUUCGUGGACAUCUGCUUCACCUCCACCACCGUCCCCAAGAUGCUGGUGAACAUCCAGAUGCACAGCAAAGCCAUCAGCUAUGAGGGCUGCAUCACCCAGAUGUACUUUUUCAUACUUUUUGCAGCAAUGGACAACUUUCUGCUGGCUGUGAUGGCCAUUGACCGCUUUGUGGCUAUCUGCCACCCCCUGCAUUACACUGUCAUCAUGAACCCCCAGCUCUGCAGGCUUCUGCUUCUGGUUUCCUGGGUCAUCGGUGCCCUGGAUUCCUUGUUAGAAAUCCUCAUGGUGUUGCCACUGUCCUUCUGUGCACAUGUGGAAAUCCCUCACUUUUUCUGUGAGCUCAAUCAAGUGGUCCAUCUAGCUUGUUCUGACACUUUUUUUAGUUACUUGGUGAUGUAUUUGUCAGGUGUGUUCCUGGCAGGUGGCGCCUUCACUGGGAUCCUUUGCUCCUACUCUAAGAUCGUCUCCUCCAUCUGCAGAAUCUCCUCAGCUCAGGGGAAAUUUAAAGCCUUUUCCACGUGUGCUUCUCACCUCUUUGUCGUCUGCUUGUUUUAUGGCACAGCUCUAGGUGUAUACCUGAGCACUGCUGUAAUAGAGAACGUACAGAGCACUGCAGUCGCCUCCGUGGCUUACACCGUGGCCACCCCCAUGCUGAACCCCUUCAUCUACAGCCUCAGGAACAAAGACGUCAAGGGGGCUCUGACACGUCUCCUUGGGAAGAAACAAUGA